AUGGCUUACUCUGCCACGGUUCUGCUCUGGGGCUACCUGGAGUUCCCCGACGCUUACAAAGCUGCCGGCCAAGACGAUUACUUCCUGGAUGGAGUCAGAUGGGCGCUGGAUUACUUACUGAAGUGCCAUACAGGACCUGAGGAACUCUAUGUCCAGGUUGGAGACGCACAGCUCGAUCACAGCUACUGGGGUCCGCCUGAGAAGAUGACCAUGAAGCGUCCAGCUUUUAAAAUUACCGCUGCAAAACCGGGCAGUGAUAUCGCCAUGGAAUAUGCUGCCGCUAUGGCGGCUGGCUAUUUAGUUUUCAAGUCUAAAGACAGCGCGUAUGCAGCGACACUUCUCACACACGCCAAACAACUUUGGGAGUUUGGAAAUGAACAUCAUGGAAAAUAUAGUGACUCAGUCCCAGAGGCUGCAGGAUUUUACAGCUCCAACAACUACACAGACGAGCUGAGCUGGGGAUCUCUCUGGCUACACCGGGCAACAGACGACGCCAAGUAUCUGGCUGAAGCUGAGAGAUGGUUUGACCCAGACCCCGCCUGGGGAAUGUCUUGGGAUGACAAAACUAUUGCAAACCAAAUAAUCCUAUACCAAACUACAAAGGAUGAAAAAUACAAAACAGCCGUUGAAAACAGCUAUAAAAGCUGGUUUCCUGGAGGGAAAAUUCCAUAUACUCCCAAGGGACUGGCUUUCAGACUGCAGUGGGGGUCUCUGAGAUACUCUUCUAACAUGGCUUUCGCUGCCCUGGUUGCUGCCGAGGCAGGAAUAAUGCCCGCAGAGUUACGUCACUGGGCAAUGUGUCAGCUCCACUACGCUAUAGGAGAUACCGGCUUCAGUUUCGUCAUAGGUUUUGGUGACAAGUAUCCUCACAGUCCGCAUCACAGGGGCAGCUCUUGCCCUAUACUCCCCGCUCCUUGCGGCCCAGACCUGAUGAGUACCUCAGUACCAAAUGUGCACACCUUGUUCGGAGCUCUGGUGGGCGGACCUGGUCAGAUGGAUGACUACAAGGAUGACCGCAACAAUUACGUCAACAACGAAGUGGCCUGUGACUACAAUGCAGGCUUCCAGGGGGCUAUUGCAGGCCUCAAACAUUUGAUACUGACCGGAGAGCACCCAGAGAAGACCGGAAAUGCUGCGUGCCCUUUUACCUCUGGACGCUGA